AUGACAAGCUCCUGGAACGAAACCACGCUCCCCACCAUUCUGUCGAAUUACAAAUUGGAGGACACUUUCAACGCAGACGAAUUUGGUUUGUUUUACCAAUGUCUUCCCGAGAAAACAUACCACCUCAAAAGAGAAAAGUGUUCUGGGGGGAAGAAGAGCAAGUUAAGAUUCACUGGAAUGGCCGCAGCAAGUGCUACUGGAGAAAAGUUGCCAAUGUUCGUCAUUGGCAAAUCAAAAAAACCUCGCUGCUUUAAUAACAUCAAACAUCUCCCUUGCCAAUACACAUCACAAAAGAAAAGUUGGAUGGAUAGUGAAAUAUUUGAAAACUGGGUCCGGAAACUGGACCAAAAGUUUCGUGUAGACGGGAGAAAAAUUGUUCUUAUAAUCGACAACUGUCCAGCACACACAUCGAUCUCGAACUUAACAAACAUUCAUCUCGUUUUUUUGCCCCCUAACACAACGUCUGUGUUGCAACCGAUGGACCAAGGUGUCGUACGAAGUCUAAAAGCGCAUUACCGAAGGAGAGUUGUACGUUUGCUGUGCAGUGCUUUGGAGAACAACAAACCUUUGCCAAAGAUUUCAAUUUUAAGCGGAAUGAAGAUACUGGCUGAUUCUUGGGAGGCUGUAACUAAACAAACCAUCAUCAAUAUUGUUUUAAGAAAUCUGGAAUCUCUUCUACAGGACAACAGGAUGCUAUUGCUGAUUCGGAUGACCCAUUUUGAAAGAUCUAGCAAUGUGUUGCGAAAAAGGCAAUGA